UUAUUUUCAAUUGUACAAAGUACAACACAACAAGGCAAAACUUCCCAUCUCUAAGAAAAUAUAAUGAUAUUUACAAAUUCUUUGAAAAAGAAAACAUCAGCGCGUACCAAACACUAAUUGACUUCAUCGACGAAAUUGAUGUAAAGCUAUCAACAGUACUCCAACAUCUUCUAUUCUUUGACUUGGCAAUUUCCACCUUCAAAAGGCGGGCGGCCAAAUAAUCCCACGCUACUCACGGGUAGCUUGGUAACUUAAAUCCUAAAAAAAAAAAAAAAAAAAUCAAACCGGUACAAUGCGCGAUGAAAUAUUGGAUCCCAAGAAUCUGGUUAAGAACCGGGAAAUACUGUACCGACUGAUGAUAAGCCAGCUGAUGUACGAUGGCUUGGAGAAGUUCGCCAUGGAGCUGUCGAUGCUGGUCAAGGCAGAUCAGUGCGCCCCGAGCGAGCGACUGCUGCAUGUGAUGAUAUCCGGAAUGCAGACAUUGUCCGACAAGGAGAAACUCAAUUCCGACGACGUCCUGCCUGGCAUAGAUCUCGAGUUUGAGCCCGAAGCAUCCGCCCUGGCGCCGGAGCCGCACUCCUAUGAAACGGCCUACGUGACGUCCCACAAGCAUGCUUGCCGUGCCGGCGCCUUCAGUUACGACGGCUCUCUGGUGGCCACCGGCAGUGUGGAUGCCAGCAUCAAGAUUUUGGAUGUGGAGCGUAUGCUGGCCAAGUCUGCGCCAGACGAAUGUGAGCCGGGUCGCGAGCAACAGGGUCAUCCGGUUAUACGCACCCUGUAUGACCACACCGAUGAGGUGUCCUAUCUGGAGUUUCAUCCCAAGGAGCACAUCCUGGCAUCGGCAUCGCGUGAUGGCACUGUCAAACUGUUUGACAUCGCCAAGCCAUCGGUAAAGAAGGCCCACAAAGUAUUUACCGACUGUGAGCCGGUUUUGUGUCUGUCGUUUCAUCCCACUGGCGACUACAUAGCCAUCGGCACGGAGCACAAUGUUCUGCGUGUGUACGAUGUGCACACCACGCAGUGUUUCGUUAGCGCUAUUCCCUCGCAGCAGCAUAAGGCCGGGGUCACGUGUGUGAAGUAUUCGCCCACAGCCAAAUUAUAUGCGACGGGCAGCUAUGAUGGCGACAUCAAGGUCUGGGAUGGCAUCAGUGGCCGUUGCAUCAACACCAUUGCCGAGGCCCAUGGCGGGGCGGCCAUUUGCUCCCUGCAAUUCACACGAAACGGCAAGUAUCUGCUAUCUUCGGGCAUGGAUUCGCUUGUCUACCUGUGGGAGCUCUGCACCAGUCGACCCAUACAAACGUACACGGGCGCCGGCACCACCGGCAAGCAGGAGAACCAAACCGAGGCCGUCUUUAACCACACCGAGGACUAUGUCCUCUUUCCCGACGAGGCAACGACAUCUCUGUGCUCCUGGAAUUCGCGCAACGGCUGUAGGCUAACGCUCAACUCUCUGGGCCACAACGGACCUGUACGCUACAUCACCCAUUCGCCCAAUUCGCCCGCGUUCCUAACCUGCUCCGAUGACUUUCGUGCACGCUUCUGGUAUCGGAGGGCCACCAAUCAAUAAUUUUUACCAUAGAAAGUGGAAGAAAUUUCGGAAAAAAAUAAACUAUUUAAGAAUGAAAACUACUCGCAAUUUGAAUGACUAAUUUUCCUCGAAUAUUAGUAUAAGAUGAAUUAUUCGGUAACAUGUGUCGCGCGUCAUGCAGCAGCGCCCAUCGGUCGGUUGGGCGAAGGGCUGUGUUUCUGUCGUAAAGGCUACUCAAUGGUCCAGUCAUUGCAUAUAAACGUUCAAUGUAAUUAAAAGCAAAACAAAAAAAUCAGAUGUAGCAUCUUUGGUGUAGUAUCAUCGGUUAUUUUUAGUAAAAUUCUCUUUAUUUUAUGAACUCCUUCAAGUGUCUCUCCAUGAAUCGAAUCGUAAGCCUAGACUCCACUCUCGCGUCUUGAUCUGUAAUAUCUGUAAUAGUAUAAUAUCUAUCGGAUUGAGCGCAUUGUAAGUUGUAAGUCGUAAUGGUUGCCAUUUAAGUAAAUUGUUUAUGUGAC